GCAGUACGUUCAUGAUGUGACGUCAGAGAAUACACCUAUUCUCCCCGGUGCCCCAGGUCCUUGUUGUCAACUAGAAGCAGAAGUGCCGAGCCCAGUAAUCUGGUGUUGGAUGUUUUGUCCCAUCAAAAAGCCAUAGUUUUUGAUAUGCCUUCGGAUUGGUGAUUGUGAAAAAACACACUCCCGUCCAAAAUUUGUCAUGGAUAUUGUAAACAAAUUCCGCUCAACUGUGAGCAGUACAGUUUCAAGUCUCUCUGGAGUACUCCCCGGGAACCCCGUCACUCGGGAAUAUGAAGUUACCAAUCAUAUUGCAAGCGCUGGUCCAGGUUUGCUGUGGAAAAUAUACCAAGGUUACAAGAAAUCAACCAAACAAGAAGCUGCUAUAUUUGUGUUUGAAAAGCGACACCUUGAAAAAUUUCCAAAAGCAGAAAGAGAUUUAAUUUUAGAAACUCUCAAGAGAGGUAUUGCCCAGUUGACCAGACUUAGACACCCUCAAAUUCUUACUGUCCAACAUUCCAUGGAGGAGUCCAGGGAGAGCCUUGCAUUUGCUACUGAACCAGUUUUUGCGAGCUUAGCAAAUCUUAUGGGGAAAACAGAGAAUAUGCCAACCCCGCCUCCUAAAUAUCUUAACAACUUCAAACUUUAUGACCUAGAAAUAAAAUAUGGUCUCCUUCAGGUUGGAGAAGGAUUAGCUUUCCUGCAUAAUGAUGUUAAACUUCUACAUCGCAACAUCUGCCUGGAAUCAAUUGUUGUUAACCAUCAAGGGGCAUGGAAAAUAUUUGGCUUUGAUUUUUGCGUUCUCAACCAAGAGCAGUCAGAUGGACGACCACAUUGGCCCUUUACAGAAUAUGAGCAGUAUUCUCAUCCAACAUCACAACCAGACUUGGACUUUUUGGCUCCAGAGUGUGGGUUGACUUUGACUCACUCACCAGCAAGUGACAUGUUCUCCUUGGGCAUGACCAUUUAUGCCAUUCAUAAUGAAGGGCAACCUUGGUAUACUUGUAACGGUGACUAUCAGACCUACAAAAGGAAUGUUCAAACUAUGAAGCAGGUACCUGCAUCCAAGCUCCUAUGUGUAGCAGAGGGGCUCCGAGAUAUUGUCAAAUUGAUGCUAAAUAGCACACCUGAAGUGAGAGCUGAUGCCCACCAGUUUAUUAAGAUAAGCUACUUUGAAGAUGUGGGAGUCAAGACUUUGAAUUACCUGGACUCUCUAUUUCAAUGGGACAAUUUGCAAAAGUCUCAAUUUUACAAAGGACUACCAGAGGUGAUAAAUAAACUACCCCAUCGGGUUUGUUUGAAUAGGAUACUACCUUGCCUUAGCAAGGAAUUUGUGAACCCUACUAUGGUCCCAUUUGUACUGCCAAAUGUAUUACUUAUGGCAGAAAAGUGUUCAAAAGAAGAAUUUUGUCAAAAAGUUCUUCCAGGUCUUAAGCCUGUAAUGAAAAUUCAAGAACCAAUUCAGGUUCUCCUUAUCUUUAUGCAAAAGAUGGAGUUACUUUUGCAACUGACUCCUGCUGAUGAGGUGAAGAGCGAUGUACUUCCCAUGUUAUACCGUGCUUUGGAGUCUGAUGCACAGCAGAUUCAGGAGCUUUGUCUCAGUGUUCUUCCCACUUUUGCAAGUAUGCUUGACUAUCCAGCCAUGAAGAAUGCACUCCUGCCACGAAUAAAGCGGCUGUGCAUUAAUACUUCAUAUUUAUCCGUCCGUGUAAAUUGCCUUGUCUGCCUUGGAAAGUUACUUGAGCACCUGGACAAAUGGCUAGUGCUGGAUGAGGUUCUUCCGUUCUUACCGCAGAUACCCUCAAGAGAACCUGCUGUUCUCAUGGGAAUUCUCGGAAUAUACAAGCUUGCUCUUACACACAAAAAGCUUGGAAUCACCAAGGAGGUGAUGGCAACAAAAAUCAUUCCAUUUCUUAUGCCUCUGUGUAUAGAGAAUGGUUUGACUCUUGCUCAAUUUAAUGCCCUUGUCACGCUGGUGAAAGAGAUGGUUGCAAGAGUUGAGUCUGAACAUAGAACAAAAAUUGAACAACUCAAUUCAAUUCAGCAACAAACAAAUUCUGUCCAGCCAAACAUGGCACAGGCUAUGGGUUCUCAGUUGAUUGCUGCUCCACAACCCAAAACAGAAUUGGAUCAAAUGUUUUCUAAUUUGGGCCUGGAUGAUUUUACUUCUCUCAACAAUUCCACAACCAAUCAAUUGCCUAAAUCAAAUACUUCAGGGUCAAUAUCUAGCCUUCACAAUAGUAACUCUUCUGGCUCACUCAGCAUACAAGAUAAGCAGAGAAUUGCAAGUCAACAGGAAGCGCAAAUGAGAUUACAGACUCAAACACCAAUCCUUCCAGCGUCUGCCCCAACUGUCAGCAAACCGCCAGUGAAAGAUUUGACAUCAACACUUAUGGAAAGUCAAUUAAAGCAGAUGAAAUUACCAACUCAAUCGUGGUCACAACCAAAAUCAGCAACUUCUCCUACAAGCGCAAGCAAUGCCUUCAGUGCAUUUCAGAGUACACCUGCUCUCCCUUGGGGCGCGCCUUCCAAUGCCCCAAAUCCCAUGCAUGCUGGAAAUCAGUGGUCUGCUAUGUCAAAUAUGGUGUCAAAUAAUAACAUGGCUUCUGGCUUUUCUAGUCCUCCCUUGUCUAGUAUAACUUCACCAACUGCUGGUGUCAACAACGGUUGGUCUAUGGCUGCCUCUAGUCCAAGACCUGCUGCUCCACUUGGUAGUGGCAUGAUGAGCAGUAUGAUGUCCCCACAGCAAAUGUCCAUUCCAAACUCAUUUACCCAGUCAGGUACCUCAGCUAAACCUUUAUCAGCUUCAGAAAUUAAUGACUUACUCAAUUAAGGUUGAGUUUUAUGGGGAAAAAAAUCACUCUCUUUGGCCAUAUUGUGUAUAUGCCUCCUGCUUGAUAUGCCUGUCUGGGUGCUUUAACAUUGAAUUGGGAAUCUUGUUUGUUUAAGGCUUGUUAAAAUGUACGACAUCUUAUUAUUUCUAAAUCAGUUUCUCUUAAUAGUCCUUGAUUAUUUUUUUUAAUGUAAAGUGUUCGUCUUGCUUGAGAGAGAAACCUAGUUAUCAAUUACAAAUUCUAUUAUCUCAUCAGAAUACUAUCAACUUCUCAAGAUCUGCUUGCUGCAGCCUGCAUACUGAAUGUAGAAGGUUAUAUUCAUAUGGUAUGUGUAUGUGAAAGACUGGCUAGAUUAUUACCAUAGAAAUGAUUUUGCAUUUAUGGUAUUUUGUUCAAAGUUACAACUUGUGCCCAACCUAGAAUCCAUUGGUUGUGCAGAAUGAAAGCAUGCCACUCUAUAACUACUUAAUUAUUAAAACAAUAGAGACAAAUGCACUGGUUAUUUUUGAGGGCUAGACAAAUUAUUGUUGUGAAAUUCCAUAUUUAUAAAUCCAUUCCUUUGAAUGAGGUCGUACUCUUCCUUAUAUCUGGAGUCAGGUUUUGCCUGACUGUGUGGACUAUAUAAAGAAUUUAAGAUGUGACACAUUGUUACAUUUGUAUUGCUGUGCAUGUCUAUGAAAUGUGACAUAAGAUAUCAUUCCUUAGAUUCAAUAAGGGUUUAAUACCUUUCUUGUACUGUUUAAAUAUUUAAAUCAUGUUAUCAGCUUAUCAUCAGCAAAGUAUUAUACGGUAUGUACCUAACUUAACUUAACCUUUGUAUAUGUGAUUCUGGAUCUAAGUCACUAUGAGCUUAAUGCUUAUUAUUAUUAGGUGUGAAUUCAUAUUUUUAGCAUUGAAUUUGGGAUACCAAAGCUAGGAGUCACUAUGUAAUGCAAAUUCAUGUUUUCAUGCAAAUUACCAUAUUAAUUUUAUUAUCAUUGUAUUUCCGUCCAUAUCACACUUUCAUAGUCCCAAAACGUAA